UUCUACUUAUCUGACAUGCCAGAUCUUGACUUUACGCAGCGCCUUUGUAACAUGGAUAUUGUGAUGCAGGUUAUAUUGAAUGACCCAUUCCUCGGUAAACGAGUGGAGGGGAGCUUUACAACCGUGCCAUUAAGAGAUGAGUUCCUAGAAAAUGCUCGCCUUUUUAUGUUUGAAACCUAUUGCCGUAUUCAUCAGCGUAUCGACAUGGGAGUGCUUGCUGAGAAACUGAAUUUGAAUUAUGACGAGGCAGAAAGAUGGAUUGUAGAUCUUAUCAGGACCUUAAAACUUGAUGCCAAGAUCGAUUCUCAGACGGGAACUAUUGUGAUGGAACCCAAUCACCUCAAUGUUUACGAGCAGCUCAUUGACCACACCAAGGCCCUUUCUGGACGCACUCAUAAGUUAGUCACACAGCUUUUGGAACAUGCUCAACAAUCACAGCCUGCUCGAUAGAUUUGAUACUGAAAUUGCUUUCACAUUUU